UCGAUUCCUGUGCUGUGGACUACGGUAGGAGAGGCAAUCCAUAGCGAAAGCACCCACGCUAAUUCGAUUUGGGCUUUAGGGAGUCCACCUAAAGUAGGCAAUGGGUUGAGAAUGGGAAAGAAGUCAGUUGUCCUCUUUGGGUUCUCGCGUAGUCCGUCUGCGAACUUGAAUAGAGACGACUCCAACGUUGGGGCAUUCAACAUCGGAGGCAGGGCUCUCCAAGGCCAACCAACGUUACCUGCACAGAUACGCAACGUACCAACAUGAACAGACACAGCUCUGCCAACGAAUGAAUCGUUUGCACUCCAUGGUGUUGUCUCACGCUCAACGUCCCAAGCGAAGAUCUCGGGCCUCCUUCUCGACCGAGGAGCUGAAGCUGUUUCUCUAAAUCCAGCUUGUCACAAUACUUGCAUUCGGCUUUAGUGGUUGCGUUCACGUGCGAGAGAAUAAACAGACAUGCCGAAACGAAAGAGCGCCGAGACUACCGGUAAGGGAGGGGGUAGUGUCGAGGAGAAAGAAGCCGCCAUUCUCGCUGUCAUGCUGAAGUUUCACAUGGAGGAGAAGCAUGAUGCGAACUUUGACGAUGUAGCCCAUGAACUGAGCAUUCACGCAAGGAACAAGAAUUGGCGGUCUGUUUGGCCGUUGCUUCAGGAACAAGGGUUCGUAGCACCCUCGGCUUCAGGAAAGAAGGGCUUUCAGAUAACACCUGAAGGGAUCGAAAAGGGUAAAACGCCUGAAUACGUUGAGUUCAUGAAGGACAAGAACUUCGUUGCUACCACCAACGAGGAACACCAAGGUCGUAUCAAGAGUCGUUUCAAGAAGAACCUUUCCGUCAAACUCUUCGACAUGAUUCUCAAGUAUGGUUCCCUCUCUCGCAGCGAGCUCGCUGGAUUGGUGCGAGAGAAAGACAGAAGCCACGGCUUCAGCUACUCACUCCAAGAACUUCGGAAGAAGGAACUGGUGGAGCCUAAUCCAGACGCCAGCACCAAGGUGAAUGGAAUCAAACUUCGCCUAUCUCGCAAGGCUUUCUUGAAGCCGGAAGACCGCCCAGAGCCGGAACCCAUUGAACCUGAGACGCUGGCUGAAGCCGUGGCGUGGAACAAGUCAACAAAGCCCAGAAACGGAAAGAAGACGUCUGAGGAUGCUGACGAGGACGCUGACGAGGACGCUAACGAGGACGCCGACCAAGAAGAGCCGAAGACUAGAAAGAAGAAGCCAAGCAAGCGCUCUAAAGAUGUCAAACAUGAUGAUGCCAACGAUGGAGACGACACUGAAACUAAAGAGGCCCCUGGUGAUAAGGAUGCCACAGACAGAGAUGAGGAUGGUGAUGAGAAAAAGAAGAAGAAGCCGAAGAAGAGCAGCAGGAGCAGAAAGGCCAAGUCGAAGAUUGUCAAGGCAGAGGCAGCCGAAAAUGGCAUCAAGCAAGAGAAGGAGACCUCUUCCGAGGAGCUUGAAGAGGCUGAGGAGGACAACGGCAACGAGUCGAAAGAUCCUGAGAAAAUCACUUCACGUGGCAUUAAACCUGAAAAUGACAUGGAGGUCAAGACAGAAUAGUGGAAGCAUCCAGUUGUGCGUGUAUGGCUAACUGACCACCAUGGCAGGAAACUUGUCAUCUAGGUCAUAUACCUUCAAAUCUGCUUCGGCAUCCUAUGUUAUCCAACCACACCAAUACUGGUGGCAAGCUUACCAACCAACCGAAUCGUUUGGAUCAUUCCCUAUUUGGCCCGUCGCUUCUGCAGAUGGAAAUGGGAGGACAGUCACUGCAUUAUGAUUGCUGUGUCACAAUGAAACUUCAUCAUCUAUUAUUCAUUUUUUUAAGUCCAUCUUCCUUUGUAAAUGUUGCCGUCAAAGGUAGGGCUAAUUUGUAUUAGGGGAAUAGAAUCGAAUCAGACUGUAACACUGAUAGCCACAUAUUCAGCCAGAUGAU